AUGGACUCAGGACGAAUGGCCCUGCAUGAGGCAGCAUGUGCAGGAGAUGAGAAGACACUGGAGGCACUUUUGGCAAGUGGAGCUGAUAGGAAUGCCAAGGAUCCCCGUCAUGGGAAUACGGCGCUGCAUGAGGCUGCAUGGCGUGGGUAUAGUCGCUGUGUGAAGGCUCUGUGUGCCCUGCCGAAGCUAAAACCCCCCAAAGAGCCAAGUCGGCAGCUUAAAGUGAUCCAGGAGACACGUGGGGCACUCCACAGUGCACUGUUGGGUACGAGGAAUUUCGGGGGCUUCUCGGCACUCCAUCUAGCAGCACAGAAUGGGCACAAUCAGAGCUGCAGGGAAAUUCUCCUUGCCGGUGGUGAUCCUGAUGUUCAAAACAAUUAUGGGGAUACACCACUACACACAGCAUGUCGGUAUGGUCAUGCUGGUGCCACGAGGAUUCUUCUAUCAGCCAAAUGUGAUGUCCAUCGGGUUAAUCUCAAUGGGGACACAGCCCUACACAUAGCCUGUGCAAUGGGACGCAGAAAACUCACGCGAAUUCUCAUUGAAGCCAAUUCCCGGCAGGAUCAGAAGAAUGGACAAAAUGAAACUCCGCGUGAUAUUGUAAUUCGCAAGGAUCUCAAGGAGAUCCUUGACAUUCUCAAUGCACCGCCCAAGGAAACGAAGAAAUCCGAUCGUGAUCGUAGUUCUAGCAGCUCCAAGAAGGAAAAGAAGGUUGAGAAGCCGCGCGAGAAGGGGAAAAAGGGUGAAAAAGUGGAUGCGCAGCAACCUGAUCCGAAACAUUGGUCUCCAUAUGGGUGCCACUACUUCCCGGAUCCACGAUCAUUCCCCUCGCCGAAGUUGGAGACAUUGCCGAAGGAGCCAUUGCUCAAAGGGGAGCAGUACUACCUAGAUUUGGCGGGGAAUAUUCGAAAGGGUCCUAUUGGCGUUGGCAAUACGUGCUACUGUGGACCAUUCUUCCGGCAUAUUGAGGAGAAAAUCACGAAGAAUCGCAAGAGUAUCCGGAAGUAUGUGGAUCGAGCUACUGAGAAGCUGGACAGCAAGGUUACAGCACUAGCAAUGCGGACAGAGGAUCAAAUUGGAGAGCUUACGCGAUCAAUGAUUGCCGAUCGCAUCCGAUGCGAGGGGAGACGUGUCCAUCUGGAGCAUUGGCUGAAGAGAGGCGGACUGGGACGUGCAACAACCAAUGAGAAGCACCACACGAGUAAAUCGCGAAAAGAUGAAGCCAACAACACUCUGACACGCUGUAGGAGCUUAGAGCUACUCGAUGCAGUUGAUGGACGUCUCAAGUCAUCCACGAGUGCAUUGAGUCGUAGUGUGGAUCUCCUGGACACGCACGAGGUCGAGGUGCAUAGGAGCGAUGUGGCUAGUAGUGUGGGUACCAAGGAUGCUUCAAGAACAUCCAGACGCUCAAGCGAUAGGAGUUGCUCAACGCACCGCAAUGCAAGCGACGGCGGGAAGCUCGAUGGGGAGGUGAUGAAUGUUUCCGAAAGACUCGAAGAGCUUCUCCACAAAACACAUGAGAUUAUUGAAAUGGAACGAGCUACGAGACGAAGGAAUAAGGAACUAAUGAAGCUAUUCCCACAUUCAAGAAAGAAAUCUCGCACGCGUAUGGGUACUGGUGGGGAUCUCGAUGAUUCGCAGUACAUUGCUGAGGAAAUGGAGAAGAUUACGGCAUCGCUGAUGAAUGAAAUUGCCAAUAAGGAUGCUGAUGAUGAUGAGGAAGCAGCCACAGCGGCUCCGGUGUCACCUGAGAUUGCCAAAGAAGUGCACCAUGUGAAGGAGAAGGAUACAGCUGGUAGAUCAAGUCGGAGUCGUAUGAGUGAUUCCGGGAGUAGUGUGUAUGUACCUGAUUUCAAUCAGCGCACCCGGAUGUGUUCAGGAGAAUCACCAGCUCAUGAAAAAUCCCCCCAAACUUCGCCAACUAUGAAUGGUUUCUACCAAAAUGUCUGUUUUGACGAUCCCAAUACCUCCUCCAGCAAUACCAUCAAAUCCGAGAGGAAUGCUUCGGAUGAUCAAGCACAGAAUGCAGAUAAAAUGUCAACGGAAGUGUCAGGAUCAAUGUCUGAGGAGAAGGCAGAUGAACUUGUGUCCGAAUUGACGAAUAUGCGUGAAUUGCAUGAGUUGAAGAGUCGCAUCCUCAAUGGGUCUCACUGGAGGAGUCAAGUACUCAGGAAGAGUGCUCAAGAUCACAAUCAUCAGGAGGGGGAAACAAAUGGCGGUGGAGUGGGUCAAGUGGAGAAUAGUCUACCGACCAAGUAUGAGAUCAAAAAUAGCGAAAUAAAGACACUCAAGACGCAGCCCAAGAGCAAAGUUCACGAACUUGUGGCUAAAAUUCAAGGAAAAAUGACGAAACUUAAGGCACAGGUGAAGGAAGACUCCGAAAGCAGCGACGAAGAAUGCCCCGAUGAGGGAAAGGACGAGGAGGAAUAUUGUGGGAAUGGAAUGUUGUCUGAUCACAACAACGUAGAUUACUAUCCAACGCACCAGAUGAAUGGGGGGAUGACGUAUCAGCAGCACAUUGAGGAAUCCCUGCUGCCACUAACAUACCAUCGAGCGCAACCACAAGUGGCCAACUACCGGUCGGGAUUGAGUCAAACUGGCCAGAUGAAUGGUUGCGUACCAAAUGGGCAGACAACGUGGAUCCCCAAUGGACAAAUGCACUUUGAUCGUAGCACCCUCAUCCCCAAGGAUGCCUACUUCCACGAAUUACCGCACAAGAAUCGCUACGCGGGAGAUGAGAUGGUGACGAGCUUCUCAGACUCAAGGAAUCGCAAUCCCCUGCCGUAUCACGUGAAUGAUCUCAUGGUGCAGCCUGAAUACGACAAUCCCGUGCGUGUGCUGCCGCAACGUGAGAAACUCCUUUCAGCACGGAAGUUUGGCUAUGCCAAUCUCGUGGAGAUGGAACAGCAGAUGAUGGAGCAAGCCCAGCUGGAGCGAGAUAUGAAUAAUGAUUCGGGGUACAGCACAAAGAUCUGCGGUAGCUCUCAUGGACCAAGCCCCAGUCUCUCCGGGCAGACGGAUAGUGAUCUCGGGGGUACAAAUCGCGGAAGUCGCGCCUACAACGUUGGCGCAUCGAGUUUGGUGUAG